AACAAACUUCAAAAUAAAGCCAUGAUAUGCGAUGAUGGGCACGUUUGCAGUCUUACUGAUAUUAUUAUGCCUGAUUCCUGGGUUACCGGCAGCAGCGCACACCAAGCUUUGUCGGAACUGCCACCAUCUUGUCACAGGUCCUACAGAAUGUAUGGAGCUCCACCACUGUCAUGACUCAUGUAUAACAGAAGUGUACAUUGUUCAUGGAGAGCACAAAUUCAGAUACGGUUGCGUGCAUCCAGACAAAUGUGACAAACAUCAUAACCAACACACACACGAGUACGAGUACGGCCAGAAUGUAUGUAGUCAAUGUUGUGAUAACGCGCACUGUCAAAGGGAUGCGUGCUCUCAGAAUUUAACAACGACCCUUGCUCUGACGACGAUGACAACAGCACACACGACAACAAUGGCUGUAGCUCCUGCUGUAACAUCACAUCAAAGAGUAAUGGUCAAUGUAACACAGACGCAUACGACUCUUCAACCUUGCGUGGAUUUAGAUGACGUCAGCUUUACCUGUGCAGACAUGACUUUUUUCGGAUAUUGUAACCCUAACGCCGGGGCUGGCUACGCGCUUGCUCAAAAAAGAUGUCGUAAAACAUGUGGUUUUUGUACAUAGAAAGCAACGAUGGCGCCAAGCGAAACCAGAAACUCGAACUCGAUAUGACUGUUAAAACUAUAUGCUAAAUCUGCUAAUAUACUUUUAAAUAUUGAAA